GCUUCCCACUGCCAGUCCGGCUUUUGCGCUUCAUGCUUCCACUGCGCGCUCCCCGGUGACUGUAAUCCGGUGUCUGGGGUCCUCCAGGACUCCCCAGGGUGAACACAAGGAUCACACCCAUUCAACCGGUGCAGUGGGGGGAGGGAUGACCAGAAGAAACUGGGUGAUCAGGGCGAAAACCAGGUGGUUCUGACGGUGCUGUUCCAAGAGGCGUAGUCCUCCAAAGACAACAUGAUGUCUGCUGUUGAGACCGGUACCCCUGUGUACCAACCUGCCCAACUGCUCAACUGGGUCUAUAUGUCUUUGCAAGACACUCAGGGCGGCGCUUUUGAUGCGUUCAAAGCCGAGUCGGACGCUCCUCAGGACAUGAACAUCUCCAAGCGCAGCGCAGCUGAUCUGAGCUCCAACUAUCUCAACAACUUCUUCCACUUGAGGAGUGAGACCUUGAACAACAACAAUUUCUACAAGAGAUCCUCACCCUAUGGGUCCCUUAACAACAUUGUGGAUGGCUUGAGCUCUCUGGCGGAUCAUUUCUCAGACCUCUCCUUGUCCCCCGAGACACGCAAACCCAGUAAAAGGCCGCCGCCAAACUACUUGUGCCACCUUUGCUUCAACAAAGGACACUACAUCAAAGACUGCCCUCAGGCUCGACCCAAAGGCGAAGGCCUGACCCCAUAUCAGGGAAAGAAGAGGUGCUUCGGUGAAUAUAAAUGCCCUAAAUGCAAGAGGAAGUGGAUGAGCGGGAACUCCUGGGCCAACAUGGGACAAGAAUGUAUCAAGUGCCACAUCAACGUUUACCCUCACAAGCAGCGGCCUCUGGAGAAACCGGAUGGGUUAGACGUGUCGGACCAGAGCAAAGAGCAUCCGCAACACCUGUGUGAAAAAUGCAAAGUCCUCGGCUAUUACUGCCGCCGCGUGCAGUAACGCACCCUACAUGCCUUCAAUACUCCUCCACAGUUUCACCAAAAAGGGCCACUUUGUAUUUUAAUUACUGAAAAAAAAAGAUAAUAAAUGUUAUUGUAAUGCAUCUAACAGUUUAUCUCAUGAUAUGUUCUCUCUGACACUGUGACUCUUGUUUUUUUCUACAGUAUCCCUCAGUGGAGACGAGUACUUUGCAUUUGCUGGGUUCUUCUAGCUCGCUCAGUUAUCAUCAUGUGAAUAUUCCUUUCAAGCCUUAAAUAUGAAACUUCAGAGUCUUACAACUGUGAAUUAAGAAACUUUAGCUCGGUGUCUGUCUUCACUCGUGUCGGAACAAAAUUCACGAGUGAGUUUUCCAGAUGAAGAAUUCUCUUUUACGUGUUUGUAUAUUCUAGAAAUAACUUAAAUGAAAUGUUUUCUGUAUAAAAUAUGCAACAAGUCUUUACUAAGAAGGAUAUGCAAUAUUAUUAUGUAUCUGCAUUAUUAUCAGUACAGGAGGGUACAUAAUGUUAGAAUAUAUUUUUAAGCCAUUACUUGAUUAUUACACCUUGAGAAGGGUAUAUAUUAGACAGCUAACAUUUAUUCUUCAACUGCUAUGUGCCUGUAUUUCUGAAGAGAUCUUUUAGGUAGUUUGUCAUUCCAGUUUUUCUGUAAACCAAUGCAAUAUGGUAGAAACAUUAUAUUUCCUGAAAACGGAAGAAAUUGCAGCGCCAGUUGUGUUUUGGCACCCAGUGCUAAGAGAGACUCACCAAAGUACUUUUUUCUGGGUCAAAGGUCAAUGUGUCUUAAAUGUAACACGAGACAAAAAAAAGGAACAAAAACUGAAUGUACCAAAGGUCUCGGAUGAUUAAAAAGGCGGUUGCAUGUGCAUGUUGCUUUAGAGGCUGAUAAAUGGAACAGAAAUGCCUUUUGACUUUAACUGUUCAAGGUAUGUGAAAUGCCAUUUAAUGUGCCUUAGUUUGAGUGAGCCUGAAAAACUGACCUGUUAAAAUGUUUUUUGUAUUAAAGUGUAUUUAAACAUGCUA